AUGGGUAAACAGAGGGACACACCCAAUCAGCUGCGCGCACUUUUAGUACUCAACAACAAGGUUAGGAGGACACCUCAUGAUACUGCUACUUUUGCCCAUGUCCAGCCAAGCACAGUAUAUCGAGUCAAUAAGCGCUACAAAGACACCGGGAGCCACGGAGCACUCGCUCGCAGCCGACCCCCUGGCAAUAUCACUCCAAUCGUACAUCGACGACUUCAGGAGUUAUACAAAGAUGCAGUCUAUGCUUACUACGAGGAGAUUGCCGACAUGCUAAACGAAGAAUCUGCAGCGGUCGAGCUUUAA